ACUCCCCCACGCACGCUCCAUUCACACGCACUUCCGCCUCCUCCCUCGCUCACUCCUCCGCCCGCCACCACCACCGCCGCCGCCGUUCCGCAAGAGCGACGCCCAUGGCGGGAGGGGAGAAGGUAGACUACGUGUUCAAGGUGGUGCUGAUCGGGGACUCGGCCGUCGGCAAGUCGCAGAUCCUGGCGCGGUUCGCGCGCAACGAGUUCAGCCUCGACUCCAAGGCCACCAUCGGGGUCGAGUUCCAGACGCGCACGCUCGUCAUCGACCACAAGUCCGUCAAGGCCCAGAUCUGGGACACCGCCGGCCAGGAGAGGUAUAGGGCUGUCACAAGUGCAUACUACAGAGGCGCGCUGGGCGCUUUGCUAGUCUAUGAUAUCACCAAGCGCCAAAGCUUUGACCACAUACCUCGCUGGCUGGAGGAACUCCGUGGGCAUGCAGACAAGAACAUUGUCAUCAUGCUGGUUGGCAACAAGAGUGACCUAGAAGACGAGCGUGCUGUCAGCACCGAGGAUGCCAAGGAGUUUGCGGAGAAGGAGAACCUCUUCUUCCUUGAGACAUCCGCGAUGCAGGCCACCAAUGUCGAGAAUUCCUUCCAGACUGUCCUGUCAGAGAUCUUCAAGAUCCACAGCAAGAAGAACAUCGCGGCUGACCCAAAGGUUAAUGGGGCCGCCCCAUCGCUGGCAGGCAAGAAAGUCCUUGUCCCAGGCCCUGCGCAGGAGAUUCCAAAGAGCAAGUGCUGCAGUUCCAUGUAACCGAUUUGGCUUGUUUGUGUUUUUGAGAAUAUUCACGUGGUCUGGAUAUAGAUCCCUACUGAGAUAGUCUUAGGUUUCGAGAAUUGGUUGAUUUGGUGAGACGUUGAUGUCAUAGCUACAUUUGUCACUUAUCAUGACUGUGACAAUGAGGUUAGCGAGUGAGCAGAUGAGUUCAUAGUUCUGAGCUGUGGAGUCGAUUACCUGUAGCUGUGUUUUAACGAUUGUUCUAUGACACCUCGAAGCCUUUAUGUAAUAUCAUUCAUAUUAUAUCAACCCGUUGCUAUUGUUUAGGCUUUUCUGUA